CAAAAACCUGCCUCAAAGUCGAGAUUAUAGAGGAAGACACCCAGUACAGUAUCAUCGUGACCCGGAGAUUUGACCCCAAACUCUUCUUCAUUUUCCUCCUUGGACUUAUGCUAUUUUUUUGUGGAGAUUUGUUGAGCAGUUGUUCUUGUUCGAACAAUGCCAUGUAUGAAGACUACACACAUAGUCAUGAAGUAACGUUUCUCUCUGCAGAAGCCAAAUCUUCUACUAUUCCACUGGGAUGAGUGUGGGAAUUGCGGCCUCUCUACUAAUUGUCAUUUUCAUACUGUCCAAGUUUAUGCCCAAGGCUAUGUCUUCACAGUUGGAUUCAUGAGUUUUGCAGUCUGUUACAAGUACGGGCCUUUGGAGAAUGAACGGAGUAUCAACCUGCUGACCUGGACCUUGCAGCUGAUGGGCCUAUUUUUCAUGUACUCCGGUAUCCAGAUACCACACAUUGCCCUGGCCAUUAUCAUCAUUGCACUGUGUACUAAGAACCUGGAGUACCCUAUUCAUUGGCUGUACAUCACCUACAGAAGAAGAAUAUCGGAUACAAGGAGAAGUGGAGACCCGAAAGGCUUUAGAGGAGCUUCGAGAAUAUUGUAACAGUCCAGACUGCUCUGCUUGGAAGACUGUUUCUCGAAUCCAGUCUCCAAAGAGAUUUGCUGACUUUGUGGAAGGUUCUCCUCACCUCACACCAAAUGAGGUUUCUGUCCAUGAGCAGGAAUAUGGAUUAGGGAGCAUCAUUACCGAGGAUGAAAUCUAUGAGGAAACAUCCACUGAAGAGGAGGACUCAGAUUCUCGGGACACUGAAGUACACCCUAGUUCCAGUGUUGGGACCAGUAGCUCCUCUGGACAUGACUCUUCUGGAAGGCGCCGUGGGGUUGGAGGACCUGGUGCUCCUGGAACCCUUGGAGCAGGAGGCUCUUCUCAAGACCCUCGAGCUGCGCUAUGAGAAGAAAGAGAUUUAUACCUACAUUGGGAAUGUGUUGAUCUCCGUGAAUCCCUACCAACAGCUGCCCAUCUAUGGCCCGGAGUUCAUUGCCAAAUACCGGGACUAUACCUUCUAUGAGCUGAAGCCCCAUAUCUAUGCUUUGGCAAACAUGGCGUAUCAGUCACUAAGGGACCGAGACCAAGACCAGUGCAUCCUCAUAACAGGCGAGAGUGGAGCCGGCAAGACUGAGGCUAGUAAGCUGGUGAUGUCUUAUGUGGCCGCUGUCUGUGGGGAAGGAGAGCAGGUGAACUCUGUAAAGGAGCAGCUGCUUCAGUCAAACCCAGUGCUGGAGGCUUUUGGCAAUGCCAAGACCAUCCGCAACAACAACUCCUCUCGAUUUGGAAAAUACAUGGACAUUGAGUUCGACUUCAAGGGGUCCCCCCUCGGUGGCGUCAUCACAAACUAUCUGCUGGAGAAAUCCCGAGUGGUGAAGCAGCUUGAAGGAGAAAGGAACUUCCACAUCUUCUAUCAGUUGCUGGCCGGUGCAGAAGCCCACCUGCUGAAGGCCCUGAAGCUUGAGCGGGACGCAAGUGGCUAUGCCUUCCUAAACCAGAAAGUGUCCAGAGUUGACGGCAUGGAUGACGCCUCCAACUUCAAGGCUGUACAGAGUGCAAUGACUGUGAUUGGUUUCUCGGAGGAGGAGAUUCAACAGGUGCUCGAGGUGACGGCCCUCGUGCUGAAGCUGGGGAACGUGGAGCUGGCAGACGAGUUCCAGGCCAAUGGGAUAUCAGCAAGUGGCAUCCGGGAUGGGAGAGGUAUUCAGGAGAUUGGGGAAAUGAUAGGUUUGAAUUCAGAGGAACUAGAGAAAGCUUUGUGCUCAAGGACCAUGAAAACAGCCAAAGAAAAGGUGGUCACUGCACUGAAUGUCAUUCAGGCUCAGUAUGCUCGCGAUGCUCUGGCCAAGAACAUCUACAGCCGCCUUUUCAACUGGAUAGUGAAUCGAAUCAAUGAGAGUAUCAAGGUGGGCACUGGGGAGAAGAAGAAGGUAAUGGGGGUCCUGGAUAUCUACGGCUUUGAAAUUCUAGAGGAUAAUAGCUUUGAGCAGUUUGUGAUCAACUAUUGCAACGAGAAGCUGCAGCAGGUGUUCAUCGAGGUGACGCUGAAAGAGGAGCAAGAAGAAUAUGAGAGAGAGGGCAUACCAUGGACAAAGGUGGACUACUUUGAUAAUGGCAUUAUCUGCAACCUCAUUGAGCAUAAUCAGCGAGGCAUCCUGGCCAUGCUGGACGAGGAGUGCCUACGGCCUGGGGUGGUCAGUGACACCACCUUCCUAGCGAAGCUGAACCAGCUCUUCUCCAAGCACAAUCACUAUGAGAGCAAAGUCACCCAGAAUGCCCAGCACCAGUAUGACUACACCAUGGGCCUCAGCAGCUUCCGUAUCUGCCACUAUGCGGGCAAGGUGACUUACAACGUGAACAGCUUCAUUGAUAAGAACAAUGACCUACUCUUCCGGGACUUGUCCCAGGCCAUGUGGAAGGCCCGGCACCCCCUCCUUCGGUCCUUGUUCCCUGAGGGAGAUCCCAAGCAGGCAUCUCUCAAACGCCCCCCGACUGCUGGGGCUCAGUUCAAGAGUUCUGUGGCCAUACUCAUGAAGAACCUGUAUUCCAAAAACCCCAACUACAUCAGGUGUAUAAAGCCCAAUGAGCAUCAGCAGCGAGGUCAGUUCUCGUCGGAGCUGGUGGCCAUCCAGACUCGGUACCUGGGACUGCUAGAGAACGUGCGGGUGCGACGGGCGGGCUAUGCCUACCGCCAGAGGUAUGGGCCCUUCCUGAAAAGGUACCAAUUGCUAAGCUGGAGCACGUGGCCUCGCUGGAAUGGGGGAGACCGGGAGGGGGUCAAGAAGGUUGUGGAGGAGCUAAGCUUGUCCUCAGAGGAGCUGGUCUUUGGGAAGACGAAGAUCUUCAUCAGAAGCCCCAGGACUCUGUUCCACCUGGAAGAGCAGCGGCGCCUGAGACUGCAGCAGCUGGCCACGCUCAUACAGAAGACCUACCGGGGCUGGCGCUGCCGCACCCACUACCAGCUGAUACGCAAGAGCCAGAUCAUCAUCUCCGCCUGGUUUCGGGGCAACGUGCAAAAGAAACAUUACGGGAAGAUAAAGGCGUCAGCAUUGCUGAUCCAGGCUUUUGUGCGAGGGUGGAAGGCCCGCAAGGAUUAUCGAAAGUACUUCCGGUCAGCAGCUUCCCUCACCUUGGCAAAUUUCAUCUACAAGAGCAUAACACAGAAGUUCCUGCUGGGGCUGAAGGACAGUUUGCCGUCUACCAACAUCCUGGACAAAACGUGGCCGGCCGCACCUUACAGAUGCUUCCACACAGCUAACCAGGAGCUGCGGCAGCUCUUCUACCGCUGGAAGUGCAAGAAAUUCCGGGAUCAGCUGUCCCCGAAGCAGGUAGAGAUCCUGAAGGAGAAGCUCUGUGCCAGCGAACUAUUCAAGGGCAAGAAGGCUUCCUACCCCCAGAGUGUCCCCAUCCCAUUCCACGGUGACUACAUUGGGCUGCAAGGGAACCCCAAGCUGCAGAAGCUGACGGGUGGUCUGGAAGGGCCUGUUCUGGUGGCAGAGACCGUGAAGAAGGUCAAUCGUGGCAACGGCAAGACUUCCUCUCGAAUUCUUCUCUUGACCAAAGGGCAUGUGAUUCUUGUAGACACCAAGAAGUCCCAGGCCAAAACUGUCAUUGGGCUGGACAGUGUGGCCGGGGUGUCAGUCACUGGCUUCAAGGAUGGGCUUUUCAGCUUACAUCUGAGUGAGAUAUCAUCAGCAGGCUCCAAGGGGGACUUCCUGCUGGUCAGUGAACAUGUGAUUGAACUGCUAACCAAAAUGUACCGGGCUGUGCUGGAGGCCACACAGAAGCAGCUUCCAGUCGCCGUGACUGAGAAUUUCUCAGUGAGGUUCAAGGAGAGCAGUGUGGCUGUCAAGGUCAUCCAGGGCCCUGAGGGUGGUAGAAAUGGCAAGCUAAGCUGCAAGAAGAAAGGAGGCCGUGGCCUGGAAGUGACUGUAUAGUGAGGAGGUGGGGGCCGAACGCAGGGACAACAGCUUCUUCUCCAGGACCAGUGUCCACCGGCGUUUGUGGAAGGAUCUCCUGUCCAACCCCUCUGAUCCUGGGGAUGGGGCUCAGAGACUGAAGAACCCUUGAAGAGGACCUUUCUUCUCUCAAACUCUUCCAGUCCCCUCUCCCUUAGAACUUAGCUUCCUCCCAACCCUCAGCCUCUUUGCCCACUAAUAAAACAAGUGACUUCCCAAACAUUCGCUCAGUGUGGGUGAGUCCCUAUUCCCCCACCCUCACAGGACUUGUACUUUGACUGCCCUCGCCCCCUUUCCCCUCCUCAGGCUCCUUGGAGCUAGCAAAUGCAGAUAAUAAGAAUGGAAAAGAAGGGAAAUUGUCUGCAGGCUCCUUGACCGGCUGAGCUCUGGCGGGGUUUGGAGAGACUGGGGUGGGGGUGGGGCAGCCAGCGAUGGGACUCAGGUCCCAGGUGGCCAACGGGCUGAUUCAUUAAGUGUGUCCCUGGAGGGAAGAAGUGAGGAUCCCUGUCUUGUCGGAAACUAGGAUCCUUUGGAGAUUUAGCCUGAAAAGAGGCCCAAGGCUGGCGGGCUCAUGUGAGCUGAGGUGAGCUGGGGAAUGCAGGGUCCCCUGCACCCAAGAGUUCCAGUGCCCCCUCCAUCCCCAAGCUCAUCACUGGGCUCUGCCACAUCUGCCCCCCAGCAUCCCCUUCCUUUCUGUACACCAGAGAUGCAAGGCUUCUGCCAACAGUUAUCUUGCUAAUCACUGCACCGCAGCUGGGGCCGGCAGCUGGUGGCACUUGCAGAGGGUGUGGGGGGUGGGGGAGGCUCCCGGACCCAGACUCUCCCACCCCUAUGUCAUCCCACCCUUGUGUCAUCGCCAUUAUUUUUUUCUUGAUUUUCAACUGUUUCACACCAUCUCGUUGUCCCCUUUUCUGUGGGCUCUAAUAUCAAUAUGUAAUAUUUUGUAUAACGCUCUGAAUAGCUCCCCUCUCCCUUAAUAUCUGUUUCCUUAUAGACUCUGCUUGUCUCAGCCUCUCCCACCCCUUUCUGUACUUUAGGGAACAAGCAGCUCCCGUGUUUGCAGUGAAAGGUAGAUUUGUGCUCUGUGAGAACGUACAAAUGGCUGCCUUUGUUCCUGUCUCUGCAGGUCUGUCCCUCCUUUCACCACCCCUACCUUCCUUGCCUCUUCCCUAUCUCUACCACUGAGCUCUCUGGGCCUGGAGGCUGGGGUUUCCCUCCACCUCGAGCUUCCAGAGUUUCUAUCAUCUGCAGGCAGCUCACGGCCCCAGGUAAUCAUGCUGGCGGGAGACCUGAUUCUCGCUUCUCUUG